GGAUUUUUUUUUUUUCCAUCUGUGAAGUAAAGAAAGAAGAGAGAUGAUACUGAAAGCAGUUGUGCUGUUGGGCUAUGCUCUGGGCAUCAGUGCGUUACCCCUGGAAGAACUCGAAGAUGGAGGCAAGCACUGGGUCGUGAUAGUUGCAGGUUCAAAUGGCUGGUACAACUACCGACACCAGGCAGACGUGUGCCACGCGUACCAGAUUGUACACAGAAAUGGAAUUCCAGAUGAACAGAUCAUUGUCAUGAUGUAUGAUGACAUUGCAGAUAAUGACGAAAAUCCAACGAAAGGCAUUGUCAUCAAUAGACCUAAUGGCACAGAUGUGUAUGCAGGAGUACCCAAAGACUAUACAAAGGAGGAUGUUACUCCAAAGAAUUUCCUUGCUGUUCUCAGAGGGGAUGCAGAAGCAAUGAAAGGAGUAGGAUCAGGAAAAGUGUUGAAAAGUGGUCCCAAGGAUCACGUGUUUGUUUAUUUCACUGACCAUGGAGCUCCAGGACUUCUGGCUUUUCCUGAUGACGACCUUCAUGUGAAGGACUUGAAUAAGACCAUUUGGUACAUGUACCAUCACAAAAAAUAUCAAAAGAUGGUGUUUUAUAUUGAAGCAUGCGAGUCUGGAUCUAUGAUGAAUCAUUUGGCUGAUAACAUUAAUGUUUAUGCAACAACUGCUGCCAAUCCCAGAGAAUCAUCUUAUGCAUGUUACUACGAUGAUGAAAGGCAGACUUAUCUUGGUGACUGGUACAGCGUGAACUGGAUGGAAGACUCAGAUAUGGAAGAUCUAAGAAAAGAAACACUCCACAAGCAGUUUCAGCUGGUGAGGAGACGCACCAACACCAGCCAUGUGAUGCAGUAUGGAAACAGAAGCAUCUCCUCUAUGAAAGUGAUGCAGUUUCAGGGCAUGGGGAAGAAAGCUGUCCCCAUUUCUCUGCCACCUGUAGCACACUAUGACCUGACUCCUAGCCCUGAUGUGCCUCUUGCAAUCAUGAAACGAAAGCUGAUGGCUACCAACGAUAUUUAUGAGGCUAAGAAGAUUGCAACAGAGAUGAAAAUGCACUUGGAGGCUAAAGAAUUUAUCCAGGAAUCUAUGCGGAAGAUUAUCACCUUAGUAACAGGAUCGAAAGAACAGACCAACCAAAUUCUGUCAGACAGAUUGACCAUCAGCAAUUAUGACUGCUACCAGGCAGCAGUGAACCACUUCAGAACUCAUUGCUUCAACUGGCACUUUCCUGUGUAUGAAUAUGCAUUGAGACAGCUCUAUGCGUUGGUCAAUGUUUGUGAAGGAGGAUAUGCCAUUGACAGAAUACGCCUGGCCAUGGAUAAAGUGUGCCUUGGAUUAAUGUAAACCUCAAAUUAAUGGAAACAACAGUCCAUAGAAUAGCCCUUACUACAAGCGAUAACUUUUCAUAACCGUAAUAACCCAGACUUUACGUGCAUGCAACAUGAAGAGGGUCAACCACUGUAUCAGUCUUAAGUACUGUGUUGGGCAGCUGACCAUGAGCAAAAGAGCACUUGCCAGUGCUUUCCCCUGUAUCCCUG